AUGAAAAUGCUAAUGUUGUUGAUAGUGGUUGCGGCUAUACUUGGCGAUAUUCGAAUCGCGGCAGUGCGAUGGCAUGCUGCUGGAGGGUAUAGGAGAUAGAAAGAGAAGAUUCAGGUCAAGGUUCCAUUUGUUGACCGAGCGGCGUUGUUGGCAACGUAAUGCGGCCUGCUUGGAUCGAUAG